AUGGGAGACAGCAGCACGAGGAGAAGACUAUUUUGGCCUAAAUCAAGGUGCUAUGAUUACUUAUAUCAGGAAGCUGAAGCACUUCUGAAAAACUUUCCAGUUCAAGCUACAAUUUCCUUUUAUGAAGACUCGGAUAGUGAAGAUGAUGAAGAUGAACUGGAACAAGAUUCAAGAACAGAAUCAG